UCUAGGGCUCGUUCUUCCAGAAACGAUCGGGCAAAAAAAAAAAGAGGGAAGAAAAAAUCCCCCCCAAAUCCCUCAUCGUUCAUCGCCCGAUGGCUCUCCUCUUCGCCUGAUCGACCGAGCUACUCGCGCAGGAGCGCCCUUCCUUGUUCUUCGAUCCGCAUGGAGGAUUCCUACAGCGGCCUCCCCACCAGCCACCUGCUGGGCUCCGUCCCUGCUGUCGUUGAUGAUGGAAAAAGUUCACCUCGCUAUGAAGCACCAGAAGCAAAUAUGCAGACUUUUCCUCCAAAUAAUAGAGGAGACAAAGGGCGUGGCUAUCAAUCUCUUGCGGGUCCAAGUGAGACGUUUGAACAACAACCCGCAAGCAACUGGAGAGGAGUCUUUAACAUCUCAUCCUAUACACAAUAUUUCAACAUUGAUACAGAUAUAGUUUUAAACAGAUUGCUGGCUUCGUUGUUCCCUACUGGUGGGGAUUUUUUCAGCAAGAUCGAUGCAAAUCCAGAUCUAUAUGGGCCCAUCUGGAUCUCCACUACAUUGAUAUUUGUGAUCGCUGCCCUUGGAAACUGUGCUACCUACCUCAUGGAAAAGAAUUCUGACGCAAGUACCUCAUGGAGCUUUGAUGUUGGUUAUGUAAAUCUUGCGGUUUGGUCAAUUUAUGGUUAUGCAAUUGUGGUUCCGCUAGGAUUCUACUUCUUGCUCAAGUAUCUGGAAUCGAAUGCCAGCCUCAUUGGGUUUUGGUGCAUGUGGGGAUACUCACUCUUCAUCUUUAUUCCAAGCUCUCUUCUUUUGUUGAUUCCGCUUGAGGUUCUCCGUUGGUUCAUCAUACUCCUGGUUGGUGGGGCCUCGGCUUGCUUUGUUGCUUCGAACCUCAGGUCAUAUGCGGGAGGGAGCGAACUUACAAUCAUAGUGGUAGCUGCGUUUUUACUGCAAAUGGCUCUAGCAAUUUUCUUCAAGGUCUGGUUCUUCCCAUGAAGACCCAGAGAGAUAUUUCUCAAGGAUCAGAUCCCAUCUACUUCGACUUUUGUCUCUUGCGACAUUUGAUCCGCCGUCUAGCUGACUGGAUCUCAAUCAGCGACGAGUCUCUUUGGGUUGCCAGGUCAUUUAAGGAGUGGCAUUGUAUUGUAUGGACGAUCUUGCUGCAUUGAAUCCGAGAGGAUGAAAUGUGUGAGGACAAACCUUUAAUACUCCCACGGAGAUCGGGCUUUGUAUUAUAUUUUCUGUUGUUUCUCAUCAGCUAUUAGGGUGAUGGUUUUGGCAAAAUGAAAAAGAGACGUGGCCGGCCUGAUAUGACUCCCGCUUCGAGUGCCGGAUCAUUGCAUGUGGAAGUCAGGUUUUUAAAUACGGAACUGCCAUGGUACCAACA